GACUUUGAAAGCGGUGUGGAAACGCAAAAUGUGGAUCACCACCAAAGACAGAAAAGAAAUGCUGCUCUAAGUCCAACGGCAGUAACUGUAACUUUACAACAAAUCCGCCAAGAAAUAAAUAACAAGUUCAGUGAAGUUUGUAAAUCCUCAGACAGAAUAUGCCAGGCAGGACCCCCGGGACCGCCAGGAGCCCUUGGGUAUCCCGGAUAUAAGGGAGAAAAAGGGGCCUCUGGAAAGGUAGGACCACCAGGCCCAUCGGGGCCUAUUGGGACUCCAGGCGUGGGUGGCAAAAGGGGACAUGUUGGACCUCCAGGAGUAAAUGGUGAAAAAGGGGAUAAAGGGUCCGUUGGAGCUCCUGGAAUUAGAGGAGAGACUGGAACGAAGGGUCGUCAAGGACAAAAAGGAUCUCUUGGUUUAAAAGGGAACAAAGGCAUCAGAGGAUUGGUUGGUAUUCAGGGACCCAAGGGAGAAUGUGCUGUUCCACCGAAGAUCAGUGUGUAUCCAGUAACUCAUGAAGUCUUUAUCAACGAGACAGCAAUAUUCUUCUGUUGGGUUCAAGGCCACACGUCUUCCAAAAUAACAUGGCGUAAGCUUGGAGGUACUGUAUCUGAUGUUACCGUGGAAAAUGGAGCGCUUCGAAUCAACAGCGUACAAAGGUCACAUGUGGGGUCGUAUAUGUGUUCAGCUAACACUGGUCUCGGAAGUUUAAGGGGUUUCAGCACUUUACAAGUAAAAGGUAUGAAUAUCAGCCCCUCAUUUUUCUGAUUUUUUAUGAUGUGUAUCUCUAACACCAGUGUAGACAGUCACUUGUCAAUGAAAUACACAUUUUUGUCUUUCCACAGUGAGCCGGCGACAUUGAACGUGUUUAAAUAGCAAUUUAGCUCCUUUAAUGCCUAUUACGUUGGGGGAAUUUAUGUCCGCUUGUAAUGUUAAAAAAGUAUGAGAGGUUUCAGUUGUAUGUUCUCGCUAUUUGCAACGCUAAAAACAUUUCUCCAAUGUGACCAAAAGUAGCUGUACGUUGCUGACAGUUUCUAUUGAUCACAUGAUGUUGUUUAUUACAUGUCGGUUUUUUAUUCGAUUUUAUUCUACCUUCAGAGCCACCAACAUUUGUCAAGAAACUACCAUCUUUGGUCAUCGUAGAUGAAGGCUCCGUUUUAAGUCUCUGUUGUGAGGCUAUGGGCUCUCCUCCUCCCAGAGUCGAAUGGUCACGCGCUGGUAACGUGCACUCCGCUGAUACAUCAUUGGAUUUCCAGGAACAAGGCUGCCUCGAACUCAACACUGUUGAGUUCAACAGUCACGGGAAAUAUGUCUGCCGCGCAAGAAAUAGCAUCGGACUGGCAGAAACAACAACGUCAGUAGUCGUCAAAAGAAAAGGUGCCUUUUGAUCAAUAAUAUGAUAUGCUAUCAUUCCAGCUACCAAACACUCAUCUCAUACCAAUCUGAGAGACCAAUUCUGUCUUGACAACAACAGCAGUAGUCCACUUAAAUUGAUCUCAACUGUCCAGAAUUUCAAACGUAGAAAAAACUAUUGCAUGGUUAAGCAUCUUGAAGCAUUCUUUUGAAAAAUCAAAGAAGGUGCGGCGUUAAAACUGACCGAGGACAAGUUUGUGAUUGUCGUGGUCUCCGACGAUAUCUUGCCCUCGAGACUCAAAGUAAUGCUUAUGAUAACUAGGUGGGUCAAUAGCACCAGUAAACAAACAAACGAACUACAUGCCCUAGCUCCUGGCCUAUCCCAUGAGUAACUAGCCGGUAUCUUCGUCGAAAUGUGAAAAAUACUAAGUUGAAAACAUGCAUGUGUCUCGAUAUCGCUCAGAUUCCGGCCAGGGGUUAUCUCAUCACUAGUACCUAGGCCACUGUAUACAAAAUGAGCAUCCAAUAAUUAUACACUGUUGGUGUGAUUUAGUUUUUCCUUAGUUUAGUUCUGUUAUGUAUGCCUUCUUGUUCUUGUGUGUUCUUACGCCUCUUGUUCUAGACUGAGAACCACAACAAUAUCAUUCGUAACUAUUUCCUUCAUUUUUUAUGCAGUAUUCAUACCUGUUUUUUAUCAAUUUUCAGUUAAUUCUUGUGAAGAAGUUUUAAAGAAAAAUAUGGAGAAACGUCCCGCAAGCUUCGAGCUUUUAGCGGGCAAUUUGCGAUACAAUGUAAGUGUAGACCCCUCGUUUCUCUUCCAGAAUAAAUAUGAAUCGUUGCUUUAUAUUAGUUACUAUCUCCUAGAGAAAACAAUUUUUGUUGCUUUUUCUUUUCUUGGUUUGUUUGUUUGUUUGUUUUUUUGCUUUUGUUUUGUUUUCUUUCUCGCUGUUGUUGAUUUUUUUCUGUUUGUGCUCUUCUCUUUUUCCCUCUACGGACGGGAGGUCUUUUUUUGCGAAAUUAAGUGUUAAGUGUAGUUCGACUUUUCUUUCAGCCUUACUGACAGUCUAAACUCCAAUAGAAAAGCUUUAAUAGUCGCACAACUCAACGACUCCAUAGAUUAUAAAAUAUUUUUCCGUCGAGAACAUUUCGCGGGACAUACCAGCGAGGAAGCACGUAUUUUUCAAUGGGUCGCGCCUAUUUACAGCUUCCAGUCAAAAAUGCAGUCAAGAUGGCAAUUUAAAAAAUUACAUAGUUGAAUUAAGGAGAGACUUGGUAAGAGAAAAACCUUUCCUAAUGUGAAGAAGUGCUUUUCCAAGGGAUGCUAUCAAAUCCUCGCCAACGUAUAACCAAAAUGAUCACUGAGUGAGCCCUCCUUUGGUUUUUAUCUAUUUGUAAUGUACUUUUAGGUUUAUUGUGAUAUCACAGCAAGUCCUGAAGGAUGGACUCUUAUCGCUCGAUUCUCAAACAGCGAUGGCAAGAAUUGGAUGCGUGACGAUGGUAGAUGGUGGUUUGACCAACAAGCUGCCAAUGGAACAACAAAUGACCCAUCAGUGAACGCUGAUAUGAUAUCACCUGCCUUUUGGUUGGUCAGAGGAAGCGAAUUUAAGAUCACGCGCAGUGACGACCCCAGCCACACCCCUCUGUUACAAACCACAGGUGACUGUUUGGGUGGACAAACAUUCCGAUCUAAAAUCACAAGUUAUGGCGACUUUAGAAAUGGCACGGUCUGGGCCAACGAUCAGUGUCUGGGUAGUUGUACGGUUCAAUAUGGCGGACAGUACAAGUCAACAGACGGGUUUCAACAGGCUGAGUGCGGUGGAGACAUCCAAAGCGCUAAGAAGAUCGGCUUCUGGUGUGACUGGGAUGAGGGUGAUGGAUCAGUGAUGAUGAUUGGUGGAGGAGGAGAAAGCUGUUCACGUGCAGAUCACGGGAUUGGGAUCACAGAAACUAACGAAGCUUCUUUUGUUGACCUGAGAGGCGGUGACACUGAAUAUGACUUUGGUUAUAAUGCUCAGACCAGCAACGCUCCAACCCAGUCCUACUCUUUGAAUUUGUGGAUCCGUUAG